GAUGUGUGCCUUUCAGUCAAGAAUCACUUCAGCUAAACAAACGCAGACACUAGCCCUGUAGAUAUCUUACAAAUGAGAUACAUUCUAUACCGAAUACCUGUUGCCAAACUAUAAAACUUCCAAACUCUUACUCCUGCGCAACUUCACUACUCUAGCAGAAUAACAAAGCAUAUUUCAACAGAAUGCAUCCUUCCAAUUCGACGAUUAUAUGGGACACAAUUCUCAACCCCUGUCCACAAACCAUGCCUGUCAACAGCUCAAAAGCACCAUUAGUCGACUCGUCAAAUGUUGUACGGACAAUAAUAUGCUACCAGAGAGAUCGGCCCCCUUCGAAUGAGACUCGAGUCUCUGGAGACAAAUGUAACCCACGGUGUUUCGACAGCGAAGACCUACGAUACCAAUCAACACAGCCAGAUAUCUCGACCAACUCUUCAUGCAAUCAUCAAUGUCGAGAGCGGGCACCAUUGGGCACUACUAUUCCUCUGCCUGAUCCUACGGUGAAUGGUCCGCGUUUAGCCACCAUUGUCGAACACGGCUCUUGCUCCACCAUCCCAGCUUAUGCCAGAAGCACCAGUCAUCAGCAACCAAAAGCCAUGAUGCACAAUGGCAUUUUGGGCGUAAAAGUGGGUGGGAGUCUACCUGUCAAGUCGAAGGACAGCAGUACACAUGGUGGAAAAGGGAGCCUCGCAUCGGGAACAAAUUUCAAGAGAAUUAUUGGACCGCAUGCACAACCAGGACGCAAAGGUGGAGCGUCAUACGUUCAUCACGAAACAAUCGACUCGACUGUCCACCGCAAGGGUAAGCGCUAUGGCUUGAAAGCACAUCAGGGGUCCGAGAAGGAAGAUGAACAGGGUGGACACUGCCUCAACACGGUUUUCGGGGGUGUCAUACGGCAUAUUCGCAGUGCAUCCCAACGUAAUGAGUCACUUUCGCGGACCCACAUCGAUCCUAAUUUGAGGCCAAGAGGAAGUCUGUCGGACAUGAUCUGUUCGAACGGACCCAGCGAUGUGGAUACAGAUAUUGCUUCUGCAGAUCAAAAGUGCUCACAAUCUGCAAGCUGUCAAAAGGGCACCACCAAGAAGCUCGCUUUACCCAGUCUCUGCGUCGUCCUUGGUAGGGUAGUUGGUCUUGCCCAGCAGAAACAGGAACGAAAAUCUCAACUGCGUAACCCUUCGCGAAGAUACGGGCCGCCAGAUCAAAAGACCCUUGAUUUUCGAUCUACGCAUGAGGCUGAUGUCACGGCCAACUGCAUGUGCAUAUCCCUGCCAGCAAGGCCAUCAUCUGCAGGCGAACCCCUGGCCCAACAGCAAACUCGAAGCUCCGCAUUAGUUACGCCUAUCAUCCCAUAUCCGACUACUAAAUCCCCACCAGUCAAGCAAUAUCCGGACAGCAUAUCAACCGGGCAGCCCCAUUCCCCUGUACAGCAGCAAGGUAUUCCCCUCCACGAAGAGAGUGCAGAAAGUCUGUUGUCCUCCGAUUACUCUGGCACUGUGUUGGGUGUUGAUUUGGAUCUCGAAGAACGGCACUCAAACAUGUCAGUAGGACGUAGCACGGAUGGGCUAUUAGACCAAUGGCGAGGCAAUAUGCCUGACCAUAUGAGACACAGGUCGACCCCAGUGCCUCCUGCACAGUACCAAAACAAAUCCAGAGAUUCAACGGCGUCUCAUUCGCCGCCCCGUCAUUCCCACUCUCUUGUAUCGUCCGCUCUUCCCGUCCUACUACCCAUAGCGGUCGCUUCUGGUAUUGUGGAGCCUCUCCAUACCCCUUCUCAAGUGACAUAUUUCUCUCCAUCAGGAAACAUGGUCCAAGUCAGCAGGACUCCGCCUCGAGGUUGCAAAGCUCGAACUCUAUCUGGAUGUCGAAACGCAAAUACGAAUAUAAUUCCCCCACCUAGGCCCCGCUAUUGCUCUGCCGCAACUAAUCAGCAUUUACGAUCGGAGCUGCCGCGACACAUGAAGCCAAAGUAUCCAUGACUUUGAUUGACAGUGGCAGGCAAAGCAAUCACAUCACGUGCUGUCUUGAGCUUCAUACUUAGCAUUAGCAAGCCAAAAUUUGGAAGAAUAGCUUGACCGGGGGGUUAUCAUUGCGGUAAAAUCGAUAAUUUAUUGGCUCGUACUGUUCUCAGUGCAUGUCUAGUGUUGCAUCUACAUCCUAAUCUUGAUGGCAAAGUGGGAAAUCAGAUCGCGAUUCCGCGCAGUAGCGUCAUGUACUUGUUUCCCGAACCGGGGUAGAUGGAUUUCAGCAUCGGCGACGAACCCCAAGCUCGGGU